UUUAAUAGGCUACGUUUCUUCAAGUUCGCCAAGAACUCAGACCGAGCUCGCGGAACCCCCGGCGCACGCUCGCGACCAUGUCAUCCGCACACGCGUGGAAAAACGCGUAAAAAAAAAGGAGACUAUUCUAUUCGUGGAUUUUCCUCGCGCGCGAACUUUUUCGUGGGUUUUCUUCUUUUUUUUCGCAGAUUAAUCAUGCACGCUUAUCUCUGGGGUCUGGGAUUGUUCAUCUUACUUCCAGACUUUACGAACGGAUCUCCUGCACGCUCGAGGAAAGCCACAUCACCGGCGCACUCCGGAGCGCUCGCGACGCCCAUCCGAGUGAACGAGGCCGGGGACGCUCUGCCCGCGAGCGCGCACUUCAAACGCAGAAAGCGCGAGACGGAGCAGGACCACUGGGAAUCCGAGCACGUGCACUACAGACUCUCGGUCUUCGGUCGGGACUAUCACCUGAACCUGACGCUCGAGGCGGGAUUUAUCGCGCCGCUCUACACCGUGUCGGUCCUUGGAGCGACCAACUGGACUCGCCAGCGGGAGGAGGAGGAGGAGAACGACGAGGAAACCGUGUAUCAACACUGUUUUUAUAAAGGACACGUGAACGGAGAAACGGGACACGCCGCCGUCAUCAGCCUCUGUUCCGGCCUGCUUGGUACUUUCAGGUCGUCAGAAGGGGAGUAUUUUGUAGAGCCACUUCACAGCUACAAUGGGGAGCAUUAUGAAGAAGAACACAUCAAACCUCAUAUCGUGUACAGAAAAGAUGCUCACCAGAGUGCCAAAGAAGAUGAAUCGUCAUGUGAUACUGCAGGUCAUAAAGAUGCUGCUGAGAAGAACGUGGUGCCUGGGAGCUUGUUGUCAGACCUGGAAAGUCUCAGCGCAAGUGUUCUCUCCGGCUCUUUACACUCAACCGAAGGCAACCAGGCUUCGAGUAAUGACAGCAGCAGUGACUCAGGGCUUCACCGGAGAGCAAAGCGCUUCCUCUCCUACCCACGCUACGUGGAAGUCAUGGUAGUUGCUGACUACAAGAUGGUGGAGCAUCACAGGAGCAAUCUCCAACACUACAUUCUAACCCUAAUGUCUAUUGUUUCCUCGAUCUAUAAGGAUCCCAGCAUUGGCAAUUUGAUCAACAUUGUCAUUGUGAAGCUAGUCAUAAUCAACAACGAGCUGAAGGGUCCGGUUAUCUCAUACAACGCACAAGCCACUUUAAAGAACUUCUGCGUCUGGCAGCUUGAUCAGAACAACCUCGACGACGAACAUCAUGACCACUACGACACAGCUAUCCUCAUCACCAGGCAGGAUAUUUGUCGGGCAAAAGACAAGUGUGACACUUUAGGUCUUGCCGAGUUAGGCACAGUGUGUGAUCCAUACAGGAGCUGCAGCAUUAGCGAGGAUAGUGGCCUCAGUACCGCGUUCACUAUCGCUCAUGAGCUCGGCCAUGUGUUUAACAUGCCCCAUGAUGACAGUAAUAAGUGUAAAGAGGACGGUGUUAAGCUUCAGCAGCACGUGAUGGCCCCCACGCUCAACUACUACACCAACCCCUGGAUGUGGUCCAAAUGCAGCAGGAAAUACAUCACUGAGUUCCUUGACACAGGGUAUGGCGAGUGCUUACUCGACGAGCCCGUGUCCCGGCCGUACCCCGUGCCCCAGCAGCUCCCUGGGCACAUUUACAGCGUCAAUCAACAAUGCGAACUCAUAUUUGGACCUGGCACACAGGUCUGCCCAUAUAUGAUGCAGUGUCGACGGCUUUGGUGCACGAGUCCAGAAGGGGUUCAGCGUGGCUGUCGAACCCAGCACAUGCCCUGGGCUGAUGGCACUGACUGUGGUCAUGGAAUGCAAUGUAAGCAUGGCGUAUGCAUCCCGAAGGAGCAUGAUUCAGGCCCUGUGGAUGGUGAAUGGGGCGUGUGGAGUCCCUUCGGCUCCUGCUCACGAACAUGCGGAGGAGGAAUCAAGAUCGCCACCCGGGACUGCAACAGACCCGUUCCCAGGAAUGGGGGGCAGUACUGCGUGGGGCGCAGGAUGAAGUUUCGCUCCUGUAACUCGGAGCCGUGUUUUAAGCAGAGAAGAGACUUCAGGGAGGAGCAGUGCGCUUCUUUCGACGGCCGCCAUUUUAACAUCAACGGUCUACCUCCGAGCGUGCGCUGGGUCCCCAAGUACAGCGGAAUUCUAAUGAAGGACCGCUGCAAGCUCUUCUGCAGAGUGGCAGGAAACACAGCCUACUAUCAGCUCAAGGACCGGGUGAUCGACGGCACCCCUUGUGGCCCCGAUACCAGCGACAUCUGUGUCCAAGGCCUGUGCAGGCAAGCAGGUUGUGAUCAUAUUUUAAACUCCAAGGCCAGGAGAGAUAAAUGUGGAGUGUGUGGGGGAGACAACUCGUCCUGCAAGACAGUGGCAGGGACGUUAAAUACUGUGCACUAUGGUUACAACGUUGUCGUGCGAAUCCCCAGCGGUGCUACCAACAUCGACGUGCGACAGCACAGCUACUCCGAUAAACCAGAGGAUGAUAACUACCUCGCCGUGGCCAACAGCCAUGGGGAAUAUUUACUCAACGGGGAUUUCGUGGUCAGCAUGUUUAAAAGGGAAGUCAAAGUCGGGAGAGCCGUCUUAGAGUACAGCGGCUCCGAUCACGUGGUCGAGAGACUCAACUGCACCGAACGCAUCGAGGAGGAGAUCGUCAUCCAGGUUUUGUCUGUCGGGAACCUGUUCAAUCCAGAUGUCAGGUAUUCUUAUAACAUUCCCAUCGAAGACAUGACUCAGCAGUUUGUCUGGGACUCGUACGGCCCAUGGCAGGAGUGCAACCGUCUGUGCCAAGGCGAGCGUAAGAGGAAAAUCGUGUGCAAUCGCGAGUCGGACCACAUGGUGGUUUCGGAUCAGAGGUGCCACAGCUCACCUCAACCAGCACCUAUCAGAGAACCGUGCAACACAGACUGUGAGCUCAGGUGGCACGUAGGCCGCAAGAGCGAGUGCACGGCUACAUGUGGGCUGGGUUAUCGCACGCUGGAAAUAUACUGCACUAAAUACAGCCAAAACGACGGCAAAACCCAGAGAGUCGACGACCGAAACUGCAGCCACCAGCACAAACUGGACGAUAAGGAGGUUUGCCGUGGCGACUGCAACACCGGGGUUUGGGAGUACUCACCCUGGUCAGAGGUGAGGAUCAAAAAUUGUGGAGGAGGAACACGCCGCCGGAGCGCGAUGUGUAAGUCACCAGAGAACGACGAGGGGAAAUGCAACGUGAGAGACAAACUCGUAGUCCAGCCCUGCAAGGAGUUCCAGUGUCCACAGUGGAGGACUGGCGAGUGGUCAGAGUGUCUGGUGACAUGUGGGAAAGGCUACAAACAUCGUCAGACCUGGUGUCAGUUCGGAGAUGAGCGGCUGGACGAGCGCUUCUGCAACAUGGCCAAACCGGAGUCGGUGCAGUCGUGUCAGCAGCAGGAAUGCGCAUCCUGGCAAUUCGGCUCCUGGGGCUCGUGUACCACCUCCUGUGGCCCCGGCUAUCAGAGAAGAGUUGUGAAGUGUGUGGUCAGCUCGUCUGGCUCGGUCAGAGAUGACACAGACUGUAACGCAGCCACACGACCCACUGAUACACAGGAUUGUGAAGUCUCUCCGUGUCCCGUCACCCAUCCUGUUUUACCAGACACUAAACAGGCUCCUCAUCCGGCCCACAAAACCCAAUGGCGCUUUGGAUCCUGGACUCAGUGUAGCGCCACCUGCGGGAAGGGAAUCCGCAUGCGCUACGUGAGCUGUCGUGACACUCAGGGUGGCGUUGCGGAGGAUUCGUGGUGCGCCCACCUGCCCAAACCUCCCGCUACAGACGUGUGCGCCGUGCUGUCCUGCGGUCAGUGGAAGGUGCUGGAAUGGACUCAGUGCUCCGUGUCCUGUGGUCAGGGUAAAGCCACUCGUCAGGUUCUCUGUGUGAACUUCAGCGAUCAGAUGGUGGAUGAGAGCGAGUGUGACUCGGACGACCGGCCGGCAACAGAACAGGAGUGCGCCAUGCCUCAGUGCCCGUCUCAGCCCAGCGACCACGCCGUCUUCCCUCCCAACCAAGACGGGCGGAAAAAAGCUGCCCCCACCAGCAGGGCGGAUCGAAUCCGAAGCGCACGUCCGCAAACACAGUGGAGGUUUGGACCCUGGGGAGCGUGCUCAAGCACGUGUGCCGGAGGGUUCCAGAGGCGUGCAGUGGUGUGCCAGGAUGAGAACGGUUACUCGGCUAACAGCUGCGACGAGAGCAUUCGCCCUGCAGAACAACGCACCUGCGAGUCGGGGCCGUGCCCGCAGUGGGUGUACGGCGACUGGGGCAAGUGUUCGAAGCCCUGUGGUGGGGGAAUAAAGACGCGCCUGGUGGUUUGUCAGCGGCCCGGUGGCGAGCGUUUUAGCGAUCAGAGCUGCGAGAUUCUAGACAAACCGCCCGACCGCGAGCAGUGCAACGUGCAGCCGUGCUCCCACUGGAGAGCCGACCCGUGGAGCUCGUGUUCUGCCUCCUGUGGGAAGGGUCUCCGACGUCGCAACGUGACCUGCGUCAGCCGAUCCGGCCAACCAACGGCGGAAGAAAACUGUUUGCAUCUGCCCCGCCCCCGGAUGGAGAAGUCCUGCAAAGGUGGGAAGUGCCCCAAGUGGAGGACGAGCAUCUGGGGAGAGUGUAGUGCAACGUGCGGCUCGGGGCAGACCAGUCGCGACGUGGUGUGUGUCGGUCACGGUGGCGAAGAGAUCCACGACUCGCAUUGUUCGGCAGAGAAAAGACCAAAGAACAGCGAGACGUGUAACACUCAACCCUGCGAGUUCCUCUGGAUCACGGGGGAUUGGACAGAGUGUAGUGUGACGUGCGGUUCCGGACAAAGGAGUCGAGUCGCGGUGUGUGUCGACCAAGGCGGCGACGAAGUCCACGACUCGCACUGUUUAGCGCAGGAGAGACCGGACCACACUGAGACGUGUAACACUCAACCCUGCGAGUUUCUCUGGAUCACCGGGGACUGGGAGGAGUGCUCCGUGACCUGUGGUCAGGGCUACCAAAGGAGGCGGGUCUCCUGUAGCGAAGUGCAUUUUGGGAAUGAGAAUUAUGAAUACGGUCACCAGGGGACACCCAACUGCCCGGGGACACCUCCGGAGAGCUACCAAGCAUGCAGACUACCAACGUGCCCUCCGAGUCAUGUGUACAGCUGGAGAGUGGGCAUCUGGGGUCCGUGUUCGGCGGGCUGUGCCGAAGGCUGGAUGGAGCGCAUGGUGCAGUGUUAUUCGGAAGAAGGCGAGCUCAGUGACAGUUGUGACCCCGGCUCGGAGCCGGAGAGUCGGAGGUCCUGCACAAACCCAGACUGUGAAUUGCCGCUCAGCUGCAAGGACGUGCAGAUGCAGAACGGUGUUGGAUCUGACGGAGAGCAGCUUCUCAGCGUACAGGGCAAACCACGUCACAUCUACUGUUCAGACAUGCACACGGAAAGUCCAAAAGAGUACAUCACUCUCACCACGGGCGAGGACGAGAACUUCUCUGAGGUGUUCGCAUACAGGCUGAUGGAUCCCACGCAGUGUCCAUCAAAUCUGAUCCACAGAGAGGAGUGCCAGUGCCGGAGAGACUAUACAGCUGCCGGCCUGUCCACUUUCACCCGAGUACGUCUAGACUUGAGCAAGAUGACCAUUAUUACCACAGACUGGAAGUACUCGUACACUCGAGAAGGUCAUAAGGUUCCUUUCGCCACAGCAGGAGACUGCUACAGCGCCGCCCGCUGCCCACAGGGCCAAUUUAGGCUCAACCUCUCAGGAACAGGCUUCCAGGUGGCUGAAAGUACCCAGUGGAAUUCCCAUGGGAACUACGCCGUGGCCGAGAUCCACAAGUCUGAGGAUGGCAGUAGAGUGACAGGAAUGUGUGGCGGCUACUGUGGCAAAUGCACUCCGUCUUCCAGUUCAGGCCUUCUCAUCCAAGUUACAUGAGUCCCAUACCAUCCCAGUCAUGGAUGAUCUUUCUUCAGGACGUUCUCUUCUCCCAGGGUUCUUCUCUCUACAUGGUGCUAAAGACAGUAAAACAAUGAAAAAACGUCUCUAUCCAUCCCCAGGCUUCCUGCUGUAAGUGUGUAAAUAUCAGCUGGUGUAUGUAGUGUACAGAAUGUGUCGAAUUAUUUAUUAUAAUCCACAAUUAUUUUUAUACAGUUAUUUAAAACGCUAACAAAGCUGUGUUCACAGUUCAGGCUUUUUGUUUCUGUACAGUAAAUUCCAAACAAGUUUAGGCUCCUCGUCGAUGUAUUAUAUAUUUUCUAGAAUGCUAUGUUUCGGGUCUUAUAACAAGGGUUAUGUUUUUCCAUAACUGAAAAAAGUCUCGAGUCAAAAUAGUAAAAGCUUGCAGGGGUUUACAGGAAGUUUGGAGAGUUUUGAAGAGUUGAAAUUGAAGAUCAGUGAUUGGAUGAAGCUGAUGAGGUUCUGAACGCUUCAGGACCAGAUCAGCAGAAUGUUAGCAGGUUAGAAGGGUUUCUCAUUGGAGGAUCUGCAUCUUAUAAUAUGACAUGAACAACGCAUGUUAUCAUACAGACUGUUAGAGAAUUCAGACGAGAUUUAUUUUUGGGAUCAUUUUGUGGUAUGUGUGAUCGAAGUAAAAAAAAAAACUAAAAGACAGGUGAAAUCGGGCAAACAGGCUUCGGUAAGAGGAGGCAAAAUGGAAACUCAGGGUAAUUCUCGAGAAUGAAGGAGACAGAGGAGGUGGUGACUGGCUGUGGUAAUGUAGCCUUCAUAUGCAGGUGGACAGAGUUUAGCUUUGGACCAUAGAUCAUUGGUGGAUAUUCAAGGCUCAGUAGAGGCAGAAUUCUAAAGGUUUGGAAAAGCUUAAUGAUGACCGUAAAGCUUCCUGGAUUCUGAGAGAAAAGUCGGCCAUGUUUUUCAAAUCAAAGACAUGGUGGAAGUCUCUCCUGUCAAUAGAGAAUACUCCAGUGUGUCUCAUCUCUACUGACCACAUUUGUAGUGGUUUUGUUAUUCAGACAGACUUUUUUCUAGUGUUGAGAAAAAAAAGCCCUGAAAACUUGGUUACUUGAAAACCAAGCUUUCCUAUUCUUAUACUGAAUUCCAGCCAUAAAUGUUUCAAACACAGUAAAUAUUGUUUCCAAAUUCCAAAACAAUUCAUGAGUAUUAAGUGUAAAAGUCCCAGAGUCGGAUAGAAGUGAAGAAAAUCUUGGCAAAAGGCUGUUGUUCUGGAGUUUUAUUUAACUUUAUAACAUUGUUUUUGAUGAAUCAUUAAAAAAAAAAAAGUAGUUCCGGUUCUUUUCAA